UUGUAUGCGGGUCUCUCCACCUUGUUGGUGGCUUCCUUGUGGUUUUAGAUGGAAAGGAGAGCCAAUGAUAGCAUCCACAGAGGGCGGGCUUCCAUAGGCGAACCAUGAGCUCAUUGCAGAUUAUGUCUCGUAUCCGUGUAAUUGCCCAAUAUGGAAUGUCUAUCAAACCCUCACCACAAAACAAACAAAAAGUAAACAAAUAAACAAAUCGCCACUUUUCCUUCUCCUUUAGUAUAAAGACACGGGGCGGUUAGCGAAAUCAUGACUCUAUCGUCAGCUGUUGGUGGGUCUCAGGUCAAUACCUCGAGAAGAGACGCGUUGAAACUGAUCGAGAAGAAGUAUCAAAAGAUUUGGCAGGAGGAAAGACUGUUUGAGGCCAAUUGCCCUCCAGAGAGUGUGACUCCAACGCCUGAGAAGUUUAUGGCCUCAAUGGCAUACCCUUAUAUGAACGGCGUCUUACACGUUGGUCAUAGCUUUACCCUCUCCAAAGUGGAGUUUGCGGUAGGGUUUGAGAAGAUGAGAGGUAAGAACACUUUGUUUCCUCUUGGGUUCCACUGUACUGGAAUGCCAAUUCGAACCUGUGCGGAUAAGUUAGCUAGGGAGGCCGAGGUCUUUGGUCAGCACUAUACGGAUGUCCCUCUAGCAGAGUUGGGCCUUGUGGAGUUGGAGAGCAUGAGAGAGGAGAUGAAGAGUGAAGAUGGGUCGUGCAGGUAUAAAGGGAAGAAAACCAAAACAGCGGUUAAAGAGGGACAUGCUAAGUAUCAAUUUGAGAUCAUGCUACAGUUAGGGAUACCAAGAGAGGAGAUUUAUAGAUUUGCAGAUCCACAAUAUUGGCUUGAGCAUUUCCCUCCUUUGUGCCAAAGAGACUGCACUAAUUUUGGAGCGAGAAUUGAUUGGCGUCGAUCAAUGAUCACAACAGAUCUUAACCCUUUCUAUGAUCAGUUUGUCCGUUGGCAGAUUCAAAGGUUGAAAGAUAUAGGAAGAAUUAAAUUCGGUGAACGCUACACGAUAUACUCUGUGAAGGAUAACCAACCUUGCAUGGACCACGAUAGACAAUCGGGAGAGGGAAUUACACCGAAAGAGUACACUGCCAUAAAGGUGGAGGUUCUUGAGUUCUCAGAUAAAUCUAUCAUGAAGUAUCUCGAUAAUUCCAAGAAGGUGAUCUUGAUAGCUACCACUCUCCGCCCAGAGACACUAUAUGGCCAAACUGGCUGCUGUGUCUCUCCUUUGAUAGACUAUGGUAUCUAUGAUAACGGUCCUUGUUAUUACAUCACGACAGAGCAAUCCUAUAAGAACAUGUCUUAUCAGAAAUUGACUCCAAAUCGGGGUCAACAUCAACAUAUAGCUUUGCUUAAGGGUUCUCAAUUGAUAGGCUCCAGAGUCCAUUCACCUUUGGCUUACUAUAAAGAGUUGCAUGUCUUGCCGAUGAAUACAAUACUAGAAAACAAAGCAACAGGUGUCGUCGCAUGUGUCCCUUCAGAUUCACCAGAUGACUUCAUUCACUCCAAGGAAUUGCGGAAUAAACCAGAAAGAUAUGGCAUCAAAGAAGAAUGGAUCUUGGAACCUAUAACUAUCAUUAAUACUAAAUAUGGUGAUCAAUGUGCACCAGCUAUUUGCAAUGACUUCAACAUCAGAUCAUCAAAGCAAACAGAUAGGCUCACCAAUGCUAAAGAAGCAGCGUAUAAAGAAGGUUUGAACAGUGGCAUAAUGCUGGUCGGUGAUUUCAAAGGUGAAAAACUUGAAGUAGCAAGGCAGAAGAUUAAAGAUUUGUUGUUGAAAAACGGGUUAGCAUUUGUAUAUUCGGAGCCAGAAGUUCCUGUGGUAUCACGUUCUGGUGAUUAUUGCGUUGUUUCUUUGGAGGAUCAGUGGUAUGUUGACUAUGGAGAGCCGGAAUGGAAAUCUCUUGCCUUUGAGGCUCUUCAUAGGAUGAAAAAUAUGAAUCAAACUACUAUGAAUGCGUUUGAAAGUGUCUUAGAUUGGUUAAAAAACUGGGCCGUCUGCCGUACAUACGGCCUUGGGACCAGAUUACCAUGGGAUGAGAAGUUUUUAGUGGAAUCACUAUCGGACUCAACCAUGUACCAGGCGUACUAUACAAUAUGUCACUUACUUCACAAGGAUUUCUAUGGUGCAGAACUAAGUGACUCCCAGGUUACGCCAGAACGGAUGACUCCAGAGGUUUUCGACUAUAUCUUUUUACACAGAGACAAUGUUGAGACUGAUAUUCCAAUAGAUGUUCUACAAAAAAUGAGAAGCGAGUUUGAAUAUUUCUAUCCCUUAGAUGUGUCCAUAUCUGGGAAGGACUUGAUACCGAAUCAUUUGACCUUUUUCAUAUAUACACAUGCUGUGAUGUUUCCACCAAAGUAUUGGCCAACAAAUAUUAGGGUUAAUGGUCAUUUACUCUUAAACAACCAUAAAAUGUCCAAAUCCACAGGUAAUUUCUUGACUUUGCAAGACAUUUUACAAAAGUAUGGAGCCGAUGCGUCUCGGAUUGCCUUAGCGGAUGCUGGUGAUACCGUCGAUGAUGCAAAUUUUGAAGAAUCUACUGCAAAUUCUGCUAUUUUGAGGCUACAUACGUUGAAAGAAUGGUGUGAAGAUAUUAUCAAUGGCAAUAUCGUUUUGAGAUCUAGCGUUAAAAUUGGACUAUUGGAUAAGUGUUUUGAAAAUGAGAUGAAAGUGCUUGUUGGACAAACCUACAACCAUUUUGCCCAAACAAACUACAAGAUGGCAUUACGCAGUGGAUUUUUCGACUUCCAGGCCCUCAGGGAUUUUUACAGGGAUACCGUUGAUGUCAUGAACCGUGAUCUAGUCAUGAAGUACAUUGAAAUUCAGACUCUUAUACUCACUCCCAUUGUACCUCAUUUCUGUGAAUAUAUAUGGAGAGAGUUAUUAGGUCAUGACACAAGCGUCCAAGUACAAACAUUUCCCAAGUUCAAUGACACCAUUGACGUUAUGCAUUCGAUGAGGUUGAACUAUGUUCGUUCAUUACUUCGCAGAAUCCGUGAAGCUGAACUCUCCAAAGUAAAGAAGAAGAAGAACAACAUAUGCGAUAUCGAAAUCGGGUCCCAUAUUAAGAUCAUUAUAUUCAUUGCCUUGGAUUUCCCUCAAUGGCAACAAGAAUGUAUGGUCUUGUGCAACGAAUUGUAUAAAACUGGUCAAUUAUGGGAUAUGGGCGUUGUUAAGAGUAAAGUUAAAGGUAACUUAGGCAUUGCCAUGCCGUUUAUUAUGCACUUGAUUCAAAGACUUGAAGCUGAGAACAGUUCUGAGGUUUUUAACCAUUUGAUUGAAUAUAACGAAGCCAGUAUGAUUCAUGAGAUGGAGCUCAAAGUGAUGCAAGCACCGCAGUUUUUGAAAGCUUGUGCCUUGGAGAUUGUACAUUUCAGACACAGUGAUGGAAUUGUUACGUUUGGAAAUGGUGAUGUUAUACCUAUCAGUAAAGCCGUUGGUAAAGCCAUUCCUGGCGAACCCGUCGUUACAUUGCAGAGAAUACCAUAGAAUAUAAUAUU